AUGUCGAGCGCGAUGCUCAACGCGCGGGCAUGGGCAUUGGCGCGGCCUCCGGGAAAAUCAGGGCACCGCUGCGACGCGAAGGCUUCCUCUCGCCAGGGAUGGUCCUUAGUGACCCGAGGUGAUCGAGAGCGAUCGCGCGUCGGUAUCCUCACCUCGGUGCGACUCGGGCUCGUGCGACCGGUUCUCACCGAGGCGAAAUCCAACUCUGAGGCCGGCGUCGUGUCGGCCGACGGCGGCAAGAAAUCCAUCAAGAAGAAGGAGAGGAAGCCAACUGGUGAGCUCCUGUCGGGAUUGUGGCAAGAGCUCAGGGUCGCCACGAAGCCCCUGAAGGAGGACGACCUUCCCGAGGCGAUCGAUCUUCUCGCCACCCUGGACGCCGCGAGGGCCAGGCCGCGGCCCGGGGAGCAGUGGGACGACGCGAGGUGGCGGGAACAGGAGCUCGCGGCGGAGAAGGUCGGCGAGAAGGUGUCCGCGUACUGGGGUAAGAAGUGGGAUAACCUGGUCGACAGCGACGCGGUGAAGGACGCGGCGCCGCUGGUGACCGGUGCGGUCAAUGUCGCCAUCGCGGGCGUGCUCUUGCGUCUGGCGCUGCCGCGAAUCGCCGCACUUCAGGCGGUAGGUGGCUUCGACGAGCUCGCAGAGUUUUUCAACCUGCCGCCGCGAGCUGAGCUCAGCGGCUACCUCGACCAACUCCAGGGACUCAACGUCGGGUUGGUGUUCGCGGUGUACUUCGCACUGUUCGCGGCGGAGAAGUUGACGAUGACGGACGAGUUCCUACCCAUCGGGUUCAUCCUGCCCGUGGUAUCGCCGGCGGUGUUUGGCGGUGUGUUAGGGGGCACGAUCCUAACUUCGCUCGCGUCCACUAUGGCGGCGAGCCUAAACUUUUGGCUGGGCAGGACGGUGCUCAGGGAGAAGGCCCUCGGGCUCAAAUGGAAGGACAACCCGACGGUGGGUGAGAGCAAAUGGUUCCAGGCGCUGAGCCGCAGGUUCGACUCGACGCAGUUUCCAGAGUCGGAGUGGCCCCUGACGGAGGGGUUCAAGUCUGCGUUGCUGCUGCGGCUGUGCCCAAUCUUGCCCAUCCCCUUAUCCGGUAACUGGUACGUGUGUGGCAUGACCCCGCUCAAGUUUCCCGAGUUUUUCGCGGCUCACUUCAUAGGCUCGUCCAAGACGGCGUUCGUGGACGCGUACCUGGGGUCACUGCUGCUGCAGGCGGCGUUUGAGAGUGACGCCAUGAGGGAACAGGCGCAGACCGUGUUGGUGUUUGAGACUGUGGCGCUGGUGCUAAUCAGCGUCGGAGUGACAACCUACGCCACUGAUCUGUUCACGCAGAUCUUGGAGGAGGAGGGGAUCGACGCCUCGGAUAUGAUGAUGUCCUUGGAUGAGAACGAGACGGAAAAGAAGGCAAAGAUGGAGAGGAGGGAAGAGCAGGACGAGGCGGCUGAUCAUGUCAGCAAUGGACCGAGCGGCAGCGGCGUCUCUCGCUGCGCUCGAUGA